GUAAGUUAGGAAGGCUGCGCAUUGGACCGUGCGGGCAAUGAUUGCAGUUUAUCGUUUAGGGUAGCAGGAAGCUGCGCUAAUUUAAUAAAAAGCAAGAUUAACAAGACUCCCUCUUGGUCUCCGUUUGACGGUGACGCGGAGGCGCGUUAACACCCACAGCAAUUGGACAUAAGUGUUCACAAUGCACGCCUGUAAUAAUAUUGCCAGCACAAUGAACCCCAAGCGCUCAUUGUCGUCUGGUGAAACUGAAAUGACGCACGAAUUGUGAGAGCAAGAGAAGUGUGUGUGUGUGUGUGUGUGUGUGUGUGAGGGGGGUGGGGGGUCCGAGGGUGACUCCACAGGUCGACGGGCGAACUAUAAAAGAUAAGGUCUGCUCACGAGAAAGCCAAUCCAGCUCCAUUUAGCAAAGAAGACCUUGAAGGGAAGCGUCAAGUGGCAAAGUGCAAAGGCGUUGAGAAGCAUGCUUGGGAGAGUCGCGGUGUGCGCGCUGGCGUUGGCGCUGGCGGCGUGCGCCAGCAUGCCGGCUCAAGCCGUCGGCGGAGCGCUCCUGCUCAGGGACUACGGAGUCAAGCUGUGCGGGAGGGAGUUUGUCCGAGCUGUCAUCUUCACCUGCGGAGGUUCCCGCUGGAAGCGGCUCCCCCACGCAGACCUGGCCUUCCAGUGGAAGCCCCACAGUGACAUCGCAACAAAGAGCCAGCAGUCCACCUUCCCCUCUCGCAACCUUUCCCAGCAUACCUCCUCCACCUACUUUACUUCCAACUUCCCCGCGGAACUUUUGACCCGUCACGGGGCUCCGAGUAAGAGUGACAAGCCCGAAUUGUUCCGUGAUUCAGGUGUACUGGCAAAAGAAGUGUGGCCUAGGAGCAGCAGCAGCAGGAGGAGGACACGGAGGCAUUUUUCUCAGGGCGUCGCAGGCAUUUGCUGCAGCCAAGGCUGCACGAAGAACGAUAUAGGACGCUUGUGUUGAGGUGCCCAACGUCAUCAUGUCAAUAUCUCAUAACAAAAUGUCUGCAUUUUGCUUGGGGGGGGGUCAUUUCACUUUAUAAAAAAAUAAACUCUAGCACGUAAAACAACACUGUUGAAUUCAUGUCUACAGCCAAGUGUGCCCUUGCAACAAAGAUGUGGAUCGAUGCAUACAUCAAGUUAAUAGAGGGACUCCAAAAAGUGAUAAAAGAUUUGAUGUAUAUCAUCGCAGUACUGUGACAGACAACUGUUUUUCAAAACAUGACAAUGGUGGAAAACAUCAUUUUAGGACUAUAAUUCUGUUUAAAAUAAACUAAUACUUGGGAGAGAUUCACUAGUUAUUUUUUUAACAACUCAUUAUAGCUUUCAACUAAUUCCCAAAUUCGCUGUCUCCCAAAAAUUAGAAUACUACAUAAGAAACCGUUUGUGGUUUUUCUUUUUUUGGGGGGGAGGGGUAUGUAUAUAUUGAAGAAAUUGCAACCUGAAAGUUAAGGUCACAACAAUAAAUGUUCUUCAAUCAAAACCAUUUUUUAAAAAUUACUAUUCAUUGGACACAACAUAACAUUUACAGUGGGUCUGGAAAACGUACGUGAACUCCGAGGGCAUUGAUUUAUCUAAGCGGUCAUGAUUAUCAGGAGUCACUCAACCAAUCAAUGUGAUUGGAUUGGAGCUGUUAGUUCGAGUUGCCGUGCUCUAUAAAAACACCUCAGAUUGGAGUUUGCCGUUGUCAAGGUGCGCGGCUCGCGUACAUUAUUUCCAGGAGGGUGUCUGACCACAACAAUGAGUAUAGGAGUGACAUUUAUCACAGUACUUUGUUUGAAAGCAGCGGAAAAAUAGUACUUAUGGAAAAUCAUUUAGUCGAGUCUAUCUAAAAAAUUUAUUCAUAAAAAAAUAAUUAGUUGCAAGGCUGCAUCACUUUUACCAAGGUGUAUCAAAAAAAAAUGGGGGAAACAUGUCAUAAAACAACAGGAAUGAGUUUUAUUCAAUUUGAAUAGUAAAAUGUGUUUAACACUGUUCGCUCUUCAUUUCUUUGUCGCACAAUGGCAACAGUAUCGUCGUAAAAUGAAUAUCUGUUGCGGACGCUCCAAGAUGGCUACUGUGAAAUGCUUUAAAUUUUUUCUUUUUUUUUUUAUAUACAAA